AGUAAUCACUAAACUAAACCAGCUAAUUAAAAAUCCAACUGAGCCCCUUAACCCCUAUCAUCAACCUUAAAACUAGCUACGAAUAGCAACAUCGUGUUGUAAUAAGCAAAUUCCCAUUCCUUUUUCUUUCUCAUUUCCUCCCUUACAUAUGGUCUGCAAAAAAUAAAUCAUUCAUUUUUUUUUCUUUCUCAAAACCCAUAUACAUAGUAGUAUCAAGAAAGGCCUGGCCACCAUGUCUAACCAGUACGGAAACAAAGAGCAUGAAUUUCAGGAGAUUUCUGCCGGUAAAGGCAAAGGAUUCAUGCUCUUUGGUGUUAGAGUGAUGGAAGCUGGAACCUCUUUUAGAAAAAGUGCUAGCAUGAACAAUCUUGCUCUAUUUGACAAGCAACACCAAGAUUCCAACGUUGACGAUGUCGCCGCCGGCUAUGUUUCUGAUGACGUUGUUCAUCCUUCUGCUAGGAGCCGUGAACGUAAACGAGGAGUUCCAUGGACAGAGGAAGAGCACAAACUAUUUUUAUUAGGAUUGCAGAAAGUAGGGAAAGGUGAUUGGAGAGGAAUUUCAAGAAACUUUGUCAAGACAAGGACUCCUACUCAGGUGGCCAGUCAUGCUCAGAAAUACUUUCUCCGGCGAAACAACAAUAAUCGCCGACGCCGGAGAUCUAGUCUUUUUGACAUCACCACUCAUAUGGUUCAAAGUGUUGUUAAAUUGGAAGAUAAGCAAAUGAAUCAAAACACCAUAGAAAGCUCAGCGAAUAACUUAACGAUAGGACUGAACAAAUCCGUGAAGCCCAUUAGGCCAAUACCAUUUCUCCCUCCGUCAUCAAAAAUGGCAAAUCUCAAUUUAAACAAGACAUAUGUCCAAGAAUCGGACGAAAAAUCGCCUCCGGCGAGGCAUUCAUCGGCUUUCCAGUCAAUGUCAAGUGGGUUCAAUGGCAAUACUAGUGGGGAUAGCAUAAUUAGUGUGGCUUGAAUAAGGAUUGGAUUGGAUUGGAUUCGUAUUCUUAAUUAAAAAUAUCUGUGAUGUAAAGUGGAGUUUAGUUACAUAAGAUUAGACAUUAGUGGGGAUUAGACUAUGGAGAACAUAUUAAUUAGGUGAUUGACAAUGAUUCCUUUGUUUUGUAUAGAUGGUGUCAUUUUCAACAGUUUUGAGGAUUUCUUGUUUUGUAUUAUGUCUGGUUAUUUUUGUGGUCAUAGGUGAUUACAGCACCAACCAAGUAGCUACUAUCCCUUUCAAUGUGACUCACACUGUUAUUUGGUCUUCAGCAGUUGUUAUUGUAAUAAAGAGAAAAGAAAUUGAAUAGACUUGUUUGUUUUCGAAAAUGA